CAAUAUCAUCGAAAUAGAAAAGUCAUUCAAUUGUUUACUUAUAAGAAACACUAACACUUCCCUUUUUCCGGUUGCCAUUUUCAAAGACAAAGAUGAAAGAUUCAUAAUAUUUGGUCAACAAAUAAUCAAUUUAAACGUAUUAACAGUUGUUCUCCUCAGAGAUGAUAUUGUAAAAGGUCUUAACGGAAGUGAAAUGAAACCUCAAAAAUUAUUUAUUGAAUAUUUUCAAGCUGAAUUAGAUAAUCAAGUAAAACUUACAGCGAGUAAUAUUCACAUCAUCACUAUCACUGCACAAAAGCUGCCUGAUCAAUUAGAAUUUCCCUCAAUUGCUUUGAGAGAAAAACUUAAGGAAGCAAUUCAUGAUCAUUACAAGUUUUGGAAAGCUAGACAACGUGAAAAAACAAAAAUACCGGAAUAUUUCAUUUUAGCAGGAGCUGGAGAAGGUAAAUCUCGCACUGCGCAAGAAUUGCCAAGGUUAUUAAUUGAAUGUACUGAUAGCGAUGCCGACUUACAAAAUUGCCUUAAAGAUGCUCUUGUAUUUAAUUUAUCGUUUAAAAAUGGGACUAAACUAAUUUGGGGAGACGAAAUUAUGAGCUCUAAAGCAAUUU